AUGACAUCUACAACGACAACAGCACUUAUCGAGACCUUGCGGCCCAUUUUCGCUACCUUUGGAAUACCACGACUACUGGUGACGGACAACAGUACAGCGUUCACUUCGCGAGAAAUGGCUGUCUUCUGUCAAAAGAAUGGCAUUCGUCACAUCACCUCAGCGCCCUUCCAUCCUGCCACAAAUGGACAAGCUGAACGGAUGGUGGCGGAGACGAAGUUUGCGCUCAGGAAGCUCACAAAGGGCAGUAUCGUGUGCCGUCUCGCUCGAUUCCUGUUUCGACAGCACACCACCCCGCACACCACGACGGGAAGAUCGCCAGCAGAACUAAUGUUCGGCCGUCAACUGAAAACAGCACUCCACGCUAUUCACCCAACGAGCAACAACUCGGGUAUCCACGAACAGCCCCCAAAGGACGCAAAGGUGUACACCGUAAACCAGCGAGUGAUAAUGCGAAAUUUUCAGGGCAAACCCCAUUGGGUGCAAGCGGUAGUGCUCCGACGUGUAGGACCUCGCUCAUACCUUCUCCGUACAAAGGAUGGCAAGCUACGCCGAAGACAUAUUGACCAUUUACGAGACUUUGAGGAUGUACCAACGCAGUGCAGCGCUGCGGAAAUGACAGCUGCACACACCAUCCCCCCGCCGGCUGCAUCAGUCUCUCCGACCACCAACGAACCGACAGCGGAACACCACAGACAGACUGCCGACAGGAUUGCCGAGCCCACUGGUAGAGUUCGCACAAAUCGACAAUCUAAACUUCCAACUCGUUUCAGAGACUUUGUUUUGUACUAA